UGGGGCUGGGCCAGGGAGUUUCCCCAUCUGAGGGAUCUGUGGCAGCAGACACUCUUCCGGGUAUACUUCAUACUGGUCCUAAACACCCCUAAACGAGUGGUGGGGCCUUGUGUCCCUCUAGGCUCUCCAAGCCUGGUCCUGCCUUCUAGGUCCCCUUACUUCUGCCGGGGCAGAAGUCACCAUGGCAACUGAAGAGUCCAUCAUACGCAUCCCCCCAUACCACUAUAUCCACGUGUUGGACCAGAACAGCAAUGUGUCCCGUGUGGAGGUCGGGCCAAAGACUUACAUCCGGCAGGACAAUGAGAGGGUCCUGUUUGCCCCCAUGCGCAUGGUGACUGUCCCUCCACGCCACUACUGCACAGUGGCCAACCCUGUGUCCCGGGAUCCUCAGGGCUCAGUGCUGUUCGAUGUUACAGGGCAAGUACGGCUACGCCAUGCUGACCUAGAGAUCCGGCUGACCCAGGACCCCUUCCCUCUGUACCCGGGGGAGGUGCUGGAGAAGGACAUUACCCCACUGCAGGUGGUUCUUCCCAACACUGCCCUCCACCUUAAAGCAUUGCUGGAUUUUGAGGAUAAGAAUGGAGAGAAGGUGGUGGCAGGAGAUGAGUGGCUAUUUGAAGGACCCGGCACGUAUAUCCCCCAGAAGGAGGUGGAGGUCCUGGAGAUCAUUCAGGCCACAGUCAUAAGGCAGAACCAGGCCUUGCGGCUGAGGGCCCGCAAGGAGUGCUGCGACCGGGACGGCAAGGAGAGGGUGACAGGAGAAGAAUGGCUGGUCCGCUCCGUGGGUGCGUAUCUCCCAGCAGUGUUUGAGGAAGUUCUGGAUUUGGUGGAAGCUGUGAUCCUCACAGAAAAGACGGCCCUACACCUGCGGGCGAGGCAGAACUUCCGAGACUUGAGAGGAGUGACCCGCCGCACCGGGGAGGAGUGGCUGGUGACUGUGCAGGACACAGAGGCCCAUGUGCCAGAUGUCUACGAGGAGGUGCUGGGGAUCGUGCCCAUCACCACCUUGGGCUCUCACAACUACUGUGUGAUUCUCGACCCUGUCGGACCAGAUGGCAAGAACCAGCUCGGGCAAAAGCGUGUGGUCAAGGGCGAGAAGUCCUUUUUCCUCCAGCCUGGAGAGAGACUGGAACGAGGCAUCCAGGAUGUAUAUGUGCUGUCAGAGCAACAGGGGCUGCUGCUGAGGGCCUUGCAGCCCCUGGAGGAGGGAGAAGGAGAGAAGGUUGCACACCAGGCCGGGGACCACUGGCUCAUCCGUGGGCCCCUGGAGUACGUGCCCUCUGCCAAGGUGGAGGUGGUGGAAGAGCGUCAAGCCAUCCCUCUGGACGAGAAUGAGGGCAUCUACGUGCAGGAUGUCAAGACCGGAAGGGUACGUGCUGUGAUUGGAAGCACCUACAUGCUGACCCAGGAUGAAGUCCUAUGGGAGAAAGAGCUGCCCCCUGGGGUGGAGGAGCUGCUGAGCAAGGGGCAGGACCCUCUGGCAGACAGGGGAGAGAAGGAGAUGUCCAAGACCCUUCAGCCCUCCGUUGUCCGGAACAAGACCCGUGUAGUUAGCUACCGGGUCCCUCACAACGCAGCCGUGCAGGUGUAUGACUACAGAGAGAAGAGAGCUCGUGUGGUCUUUGGGCCUGAGCUGGUGUCACUGGGUCCCGAAGAGCAGUUCACCGUGUUGUCCCUCUCGGCUGGGAGGCCCAAGCGUCCCCAUGCACGCCGUGCACUCUGCCUGCUGCUCGGGCCGGACUUCUUCACAGAUGUCAUCACCAUCGAAACGGCAGACCAUGCCAGGCUGCAGCUGCAGCUUGCCUACAACUGGCAUUUCGAACUGAGUGACCGGAAGGACCCCAAGGAGGCAGCCAAGCUUUUCUCAGUGCCUGACUUCGUGGGUGACGCCUGCAAAGCCAUCGCGUCCCGGGUGCGGGGGGCUGUGGCAUCUGUCACCUUCGAUGACUUCCAUAAGAACUCCGCCCGCAUCAUUCGCAUGGCUGUCUUUGGCUUUGAGACUCCAGAAACCAAGAUACUCGACGGCAAGGCCCUGCCCCAGCCCCGGGACCGGGCCAUCUUCCCCCAAAAUGGACUAGUGGUCAGCAGUGUGGACGUGCAGUCAGUGGAGCCUGUGGACCAGAGGACCCGGGAUGCCCUACAGCGCAGUGUCCAGCUGGCCAUUGAGAUCACCACCAACUCCCAGGAGGCUGCAGCCAAGCACGAGGCUCAGAGACUUGAGCAAGAAGCCCGCGGCCGGCUUGAGAGGCAGAAGAUCUUGGACCAAUCUGAAGCUGAAAAAGCUCGCAGGGAACUCCUGGAGCUGGAGGCUCUGAGCACUGCUGUGGAGAGCACAGGGACUGCCAAGGCUGAGGCUGAGUCCCGUGCAGAGGCCCUGCGCAUCGAGGGAGAAGGCUCCGUGCUGCAGGCCAAGCUGAAAGCAGAGGCCUUGGCCAUUGAGACGGAGGCUGAGCUCCAGCGGGUACAGAAAGUGCGAGAGCUAGAACUGGUCUAUGCCCGGGCCCAGCUAGAACUGGAGGUGAGCAAGGCCCAGCAGCUGGCUGAGGUGGAGGUGAAGAAGUUCAAACAGAUGACUGAGGCCCUGGGCCCCAGCACCAUCAGAGACCUUGCGGUGGCUGGGCCAGAGAUGCAGGUAAAACUGCUUCAGAGCCUGGGCCUGAAAUCAACCCUCAUCACCGAUGGCUCCACUCCCAUCAACCUCUUCAACACAGCCUUGGGUCUGCUGGGCGUAGGGUCUGAGGCUCAGCACCCAGCCCAAAAGGCAGCUGGCAUGCCUGGCCCCCGGGAAGGCUUGGUACUCCGCUCCACUUCCCCUCCUCAAGCUGUUGGAAGCAACCAUGUGGUUCCUUAGAUCCAUACUGCGUUGAUGAAUAAAACAUUUCUGGGCAUUUAAA